UGUCGUUAUCAGCUGCUGUGGAGAAGUGCGGAGGUGCUGAUCCGAAAUUUACAUAUUCCAGAUUGAUGGCCGACAUUGCCUAUUACUACUAUUCCAACUACCCGGUCGUCACCUCCAAAUUUACGGCAAUCCCGGUGAUGAUCCUCACGAGCUUUGCAAACGGCGCCGGCGUCUACCCAUUGACUCGGUUGAACACGCAGAGCCCGGUGGCGUUUGUUUAUUCUGGAGCAGCCUCAAACUCCCUCGGGAACCUGGCACUCCCUAAAGGGACCGUGAAUACAGUGCGGGAUGCGGAUUGGGAAGGAGCAGGGGAAACUCUGGAGAAAUGGCUCGAUCAGGCGCUCUACCGCCCGACCUCUCUAGGUGAACUAUUUGCGCUUGUCGAGUUGGGCUCGCUGGUGGUGGCCGCCGAGCCGGGGGUGCUCUUCUCGGCCAACACUACAGGGGCGGCGUCGGCGCAUUAUUUGUGCGAGCGUGCUGCCGAACUUAAUGCCGAGCCAACCCCAGCCCAUGUCUAUUGCCCAUCAAGCAUGUUCUCCUUCGGCACCAAGUGCUACAGUGUCGAGGUGGACCUGAUGGACUACGCGACAGCACAGAAGACCUGCCAAGAAGUCGUCUUCAAGAACUCCACCGACCUUGCGUACAUCCAGACCCCCGAAGAGAUGGAAUACAUCGCACAAGAAAUCGACAAAACCGACGCCGCAAAGGGGCAAUCCAGAUUUUGGAUAGGAUUGAAUGCGAGGGAUUGUGUGAAUUGCACGGCUGGAGCUGGGUUGGAUCAAUUUGGCUGGGCCUCUGGACAAGAACUCGAUGAGGCGAUGAGCUUCUUCCGGGAAGGCUGGCCCCGACCUGGCCCCGAAGAACUCUGCGUCGCCUACGUCCAGAAUGACAAAACUUGGGUGAACACGGUGUGCACAAACAAAUACAUGGCGAUCUGCUGGAAGGACGCGGCUACCGUAAUCCCCACCACGGCCAAACCGAAACCU